GUAGUUGUGUUAGAUUGCAGCAAACCCUCUUAAACCCUAGCACAUGUGAGUUUUGAUUUGAAACCAAAAUGAAGAGUUUCUGUUAGCUCAGCGAGACGAAUAGCUUUUCACCUUUGGUUCUUCACUUCAUCUCCUUAUCAGCCCAAGCUGGGUCAUUUGUGUUAAAUGGCCAAUAAUUCUCAGCCCUCUGGUAUGCAGUUUCGGCCAGUCAUUCAAGCUCAGCAAGGGCAACCAUUUGUUCCAAUGGCUUCACAACAAUUUGGACAUGCAGGACAUGGUAUUACGUCUUCCAAUGUUGGGAUGCCUGUUGUUCAGGGUCAGCAAUUGCAGUAUUCUCAACCUAUGCAACAGUUGACUCCUCGACCAAUUCAGCCUGGUCACCCUGCACCUCCAUCGCAGGCUAUGCCUAUGCCAUAUAUUCAGACAAACAGGCCACUGACAUCUGUCCCACCACAUUCACAACAAACUGUCCCCCACUUUAGCAAUCAUAUGACUGGCUUGCCUGUUUCAGGAACAACUCCUCACUCUUCAUAUACUUUCACAUCAUCUUAUGCUCCACAGCAAGAUAAUGCUAAUGCAUUGGCUCAAUACCAGCAUCCGCCUCAAAUGCUUGCACCUCCUGGUGGACAACCUUGGUUGUCCUCCGUACCUCAGAGUGCUGCACCUGUUUCAUCAGUGCAGCAGGCUGGAGUACAAUCAUCUGGCACUGCAUCAACUGAUUCAGCAUCUAAUGCUACUAACCAGCACUCCUUAUCUGAUUGGCAAGAGCAUACUUCUGCUGAUGGGAGAAGAUAUUACUACAACAAGAGGACAAGGCAAUCUAGUUGGGAGAAACCUUUGGAAUUGAUGUCACCUACCGAGAGGGCUGACGCAUCAACUGUUUGGAAAGAAUUCACUUCUUCAGAGGGGAGAAAGUAUUAUUACAACAAGGUUACUCAGCAAUCAACCUGGUCAAUACCUGAGGAACUUAAGUUGGCUCGUGAGCAGGCACAGAAAGCUAUGAACCAGGGAAUGCAGUCAGAAACAAGUGAUACAUCCAAUGCUGCUGUGUCCUCUGCUACACCAUCUACAACAGCUAAUGCAGCUAGCUCCAUCACUUCUUUGACAUCAAAUGGGCUUGCUUCAAGCCCAUAUUCUGUCACACCAAUUGCAGCAACUGAUCCUCAACAGUUGGUUUCUGGAUUAUCAGGGACCUCUGUUUCCCAUUCAAUAGUUACUUCAAGCACCACAGGAGUUGAACCAAGCACUGUGGUAACUAUGAGCACUGCACCUACAAUUGUUGCAGGAAGCUCAGGAGUAGCUGCAAAUUCACUUGAUUCCAAAAUUCCAUCCAUUGUUGAAAAUCAAGCAUCUCAGGAUUUUGCUUCUUCUGUCAAUGGAGAUUCUCUUCAAGAUACUGAGGAAGCCAAAAGAGGUUUGCCAGUGGUUGGAAAGAAUAAUGUGUCUUCACCUGAGGAGAAAACCAAUGAUGAUGAAACCAUGGUAUAUGCAAAUAAGCUGGAAGCAAAAAACGCAUUUAAAGCGCUUUUGGAAUCUGUGAAUGUUCAGUCUGAUUGGUCAUGGGAACAGGCAAUGAGAGAAAUCAUCAAUGAUAAAAGAUAUAAUGCCCUAAAAACACUUGGUGAGCGAAAGCAAGCUUUUAAUGAGUAUUUGGGCCAAAGGAAGAAGCUAGAGGCUGAAGAGAGGCGCAUGAAGCAGAAAAGAGCCCGGGAAGAAUUCACAAAGAUGUUGGAAGAGUGCAAGGAACUUACAUCAUCCACAAGAUGGAGCAAAGCUAUAAGUAUGUUCGAAAAUGAUGAACGAUUCAAUGCCGUUGAAAGACCAAGAGAUCGGGAAGAUUUAUUUGAAAGCUACAUGGUGGAACUUGAGAGAAAGGAAAAGGAAAAUGCCGCAGAGGAGCAUCGGCGUAACAUAGCAGAAUAUAGGAAAUUUCUGGAGUCAUGUGAUUAUGUGAAGGUGAAUAGUCAUUGGCGGAAAGUCCAAGAUCGGUUAGAGGAUGAUGAUAGAUACCUACGACUUGAAAAAAUUGAUCGCUUGCUUGUUUUCCAGGACUAUAUUCGUGACUUGGAGAAGGAAGAAGAGGAACUAAAAAGAAUACAAAAGGAACGACAACGUCGGGGUGAAAGGAAAAACCGUGAUGCGUUUCGCAAGUUGCUGGAAGAACAUGUGGCUGAUGGAAUUCUUACUGCUAAAACUCAAUGGCGAGAAUAUUGCUUGAAGGUCAGGGAUUUGCCUCAAUAUCAAGCUGUUGCGUCAAACACAUCUGGUUCCACUCCGAAAGAUUUAUUUGAGGAUGUCACUGAAGAGCUUGAAAAACAGUAUCAUGAAGACAAGACACUUGUAAAAGAUACAAUUAAGUCAGGCAAGAUCACUGUAGUGACGACAUCAGUGUUUGAGGACUUUAAGUCUGAUGUCAUGGAAGAAGUUGCUUGCCAAACAAUAUCUGAGAUCAAUUUGAAGCUUAUAUUUGAAGAGUUGUUAGAGAGAGCUAAGGAGAAGGAGGAGAAGGAAGCUAAGAAGCGCCAACGCCUUGCUGAUGACUUUACUAACCUGUUAUAUACGUUCAAGGAUAUUACUACUUCUUCAAAAUGGGAGGAUUGCAAGCCACUUUUUGAGGAGACACAAGAGUACAGGUCAAUUGGGGAUGAAAGCUAUAGCAGAGAAAUUUUUGAUGAAUAUGUCACAUACUUGAAGGAAAAAGCUAAAGAGAAGGAACGCAAGCGUGAAGAGGAAAAGGCCAAAAAGGAGAAAGAAAGAGAAGAGAAAGAAAAACGGAAGGAGAAAGAGAAAAAAGAGAAGGAGAGAGAACGUGAGAAAGAAAAGUCUAAGGAACGACAUAAGAAGGAUGAAACAGAUAGUGAUAAUCAAGACAUAACUGACAGCCAUGGUUACAAAGAGGAGAAGAAAAAAGAAAAGGAUAAGGAAAGGAAACAUCGGAAGAGGCAUCAGAGCAGUGUAGAGGAUGUGGAUUCUGAGAAGGAUGAGAAGGAAGAGUCUAAAAAAUCACGAAGACAUGGCAGUGAACGCAAGAAGUCUAGGAAGCAUGCAAACUCUCCUGAAUCAGAGAAUGAAAGCCGGCAUAGAAGACACAAGAGGGAGCACUGGGACGGUUCCAGGAAAACUGGGGGGCUUGAUGAACUUGAAGACGGGGAACUGGGUGAUGAUGGAGAGGUUUAGUAGUUUGUUCCUAACCUUUUUGCAGUGGUGAGAUAAAGAACUUCACCUCCAUCUUUUGGAGAAUAUUGACUUUCAUUGUCAAAUACACUUUUGUUACUUAUCUUCUGGGACACAUCUGUGAAUUUAGGAUCGUCGGAUGUAAAAAGAAAUCUUUUGGUUCUCUUUAUAGCUUUAUCAAUUGUUGUGCCCAGCUUGUACCAAGGGUGCAUAUCUGGAAAUUGGCAUCAUAUAUCAUAAACUUUCGUUU